AUGAUCCAUCCCAUCAACAUUGAGGCCGAUCUUUUGACGGCCAAUCCCCGCCGGCCUCAGCUGAUCGAACUUCGGGCUAAGCCCAGAAUCACGUAAGUCCUUGCUUUCUGGAGUUCCCUUUCUUCUGGAGCCGGUUUAGGCGUGGCCGCAUUUUAUGAAAAAACUCGAAAUUACGAUGCUCGCGAUGUUUCGGAGCCUUUUAAAUUGAUUUAAAAAGUUUUUUUAAAUAUUACGGAGAGUAAGAAAUCGUUUUCCUAACAUUAAAAAUCUACGGGACCAGACCUAAAAUAAGAUUAACCUGCAGUCGGCUGACCAUUGUGUAACAUCACUAGUCGCAAAUAGGUUUUCUUCGUUUUGUUUUCCAUUCUUAGAAUCAGGAAAGGAAUGACAAUGCCAACAAACAUCUGUUUUCAGAUAUUCGAUCAACGGUCGGCGACUCCGCGAUGGCAAACCGACCACUCCCAACUCUCCGAAUGCCCUCUGGGCCAACACUUUCCUCAGAUCUUUCGCUCGACGAUUGGCUACUGAAACAGAAGCAAUCGAAUCCGAUAACACUUCCUUGGAUUCGUUUGUGGAUAUCGUGGACCUGAAGCCAGAGCAAAGAUCCCGGACUUCCAGCACUUCCAGUGGGAGUUCUGCGGACUCAGUUGAAGACCGGCCUAAUCCAAAUCUGUUGACUGAUCGCCCACAAAUAAACGAUGAUGAUAUUCUGCAAGCCACAAUCCAAAUGGGCCCUGAGGCAAAGAUCGCGAGCAAGAAAAUCUUGAGAAGAACUUCUUCAAAAGUCCCGAUUCAUGUUGUUCAACAACUUGUGAAGCCUUGUUGUUCGGGUAAGCAGAGAUUGAUUUGGACGUCCAUCUUCUAUAUACUUGAUGUUUGUUAUCAUGGGUAGAUAACGUUAAUAUGGUAAUUUUCAGCCAUAAAGGAGGGGUUCAAAGAGUUUCUCCGCAUUGAUUUCGCCAACUCCCCAUUGCUGACUGAGGCCAACAACCAGAUGCUGACCCCUCGUUCGGUGGGUUCACGAGUCUGGGUGAAGGAAAACGCUUCCCCGCUCCCCUCCAAACCUGCUCUCAGCUUCAAAAUACACUCUGUGGCUGAAGAGAACAAGAAACUUCGGGUAAAAGUCGACUGUAACAACCCGUUCGAUGAGGGCAUAAAACUCGAAGUAAGUCCUUAACUCGAUGACGUCAUCGAAAACCCCUCCAACCCAUCCUAAACUUACAAUUUUGGGUAGUGAUGCACGUUCAUGUCGCCCAUUUGCUCCACAGAAUCGACCGGUUGUUGGCCGAGAAAACCGAACCCACUCUGGAGAUCCCCUCAGGGCUUCAAACACUCGAAUUUGAGUUCGAGAUCACUGAUCAGAUCAAGGCAGCGACUCAAGAAUCUGGGAAUUUUUUGAUCCUCAGCUUCCACGGACGUCUGAAUCGAUGA